AGACUCCCAGCCAGUAGCUGGGACUACAGGCACGCGCCAACACGCCUGGCUGAUUUUUUCAUUUUCAUUUUUAGUAGAGACAGGGUCUUGCUAUGUUGCCCAGGACCGUCUGGAACUCUUGACUUCAAGCGAUCCUCCCGCCUCGGCCUCCCAAAAUGCUGGGAUUACAGGCGUGAGCCACCGCGCCGGGUCUCUCAUUUAAAUUUAUAGGAAACUUGUGGUAAAAAUAGCAAAACUCAACAAGCAAAUAUACAUCAAGGGCCAGCAGCGCGGAGAGCAGGCCUAGCCCGCUGCCGGAAAGGCGGGUCUGUCCAGUAGAGACCGGAACGCCGCGCAAGCUCAGCAAAGGGCUAAGGCUGAGGCCGGGGAAGCUGCCUCUAGGUUAGCGAAGGGUAAAGGAAGUCAGACACUGACGCGAGUGGCCUCCCGAUUCCGCAGUCGAGUGCAAAACCGAGUCCCGACCUAAGGCCGAAUCAUCAGGCGUCCCCGUCACCCUACAGCCCACUCAGGCACUUCCGGCAUACAAGAAUUAAAUUCUGAAUAAGUCUGGAGGUAGGAUGGACAGUUAUUUUAAAGCAGCUGUCAGUGACUUGGACAAACUCCUUGAUGAUUUUGAACAGAACCCAGAUGAACAAGAUUAUCUCCAAGAUGCACAAAAUGCAUAUGAUUCUAACCACUGCUCAGUUUCUUCAGAGUUGGCUUCCUCACAGCGAACUUCAUUGCUCCCCAAAGACCAAGAAUGCGUUAAUAGUUGUGCCUCAUCAGAAACAAGCUAUGGAACAAAUGAGAGUUCCCUGAAUGAAAAAACACUCAAGGGACUUACUUCUGUACAAAAUGAAAAAAAUGUAACAGGACUUGAUCUUCUUUCUUCUGUGGAUGGUGGUACUUCAGAUGAAAUCCAACCUUUAUAUAUGGGACGAUGUAGUAAACCUAUCUGUGAUCUGAUAAGUGACAUGGGUAACUUAGUUCAUGCAACUAAUAGUGAAGAAGAUAUUAAAAAAUUAUUGCCAGAUGAUUUUAAGUCUAAUGCAGAUUCCUUGAUUGGAUUGGAUUUAUCUUCAGUGUCAGAUACUCCCUGUGUUUCUUCAACAGACCAUGAUAGUGAUACUGUCAGAGAACAACAGAAUGAUAUCAGUUCUGAAUUACAAAAUAGAGAAAUCGGAGGAAUCAAAGAAUUGGGUAUAAAAGUAGAUACAACACUUUCAGAUUCCUAUAAUUACAGUAGAACAGAAAAUUUAAAAGAUAAAAAGAUCUUUAAUCAGUUAGAAUCAAUUGUUGAUUUUAACAUGUCGUCUGCUUUGACUCAACAAAGUUCCAAAAUGUUUGAUGCCAAAGACAAGCUACAACACAAGAGCCAGCCAUGUGAAUUACUAAAAGAUGAUGGCUUAGUAAAAGAGGAAGUAGAUGUGGCAGUCGUAACUGCCGCAGAAUGUUUAAAAGAAGAGGGCAAGACAAGUGCUUUGACCUGCAGCCUUCCGAAAAAUGAAGAUUUAUGCUUAAAUGACUUAAAUUCAAGAGAUGAAAAUUUCAAAUUACCUGACUUUUCCUUUCAGGAAGAUAAGACUGUUAUAAAACAAUCUGCGCAAGAAGACUCAAAAAAUUUAGACCUUAAGGAUAAUGAUGUAAUCCAAGAUUCCUCUUCAGCUUUACAUGUUUCCAGUGAAGAUGUACCGUCCUCAUUGUCCUGUCUUCCCACAUCUGGGUUUAUGUGUGGAUCAUUAAUUGAAAGUAAAGCAUGGGGUGAUUUUUUACCUCAGCAUGAACAUAAAGAUAAUAUACAAGAUGCAGUGACUAUACAUGAAGAAAUACAGAACAGUGUUGUUCUAGGUGGGGAACCAUUCAAAGAGAAUGAUCUUUUGAAACAGGAAAAAUGUAAAAGCAUACUCCUUCAGUCAUUAAUUGAAGGGAUGGAAGACAGAAAGAUAGAUCCUGACCAGACAGUAAUCAGAGCUGAGUCUUUGGAUGGUGGUGACACCAUUUCUACAGUUGUAGAAUCUCAAGAGGGGCUUUCUGGCACUAAUGUCCCAGAGUCUUCUGAUUGUUGUGAAGGUUUUAUUAAUACUUUUUCAAGCAAUGAUAUGGAUGGGCAAGACUUAGAUUACUUUAAUAUUGAUGAAGGUGCAAAAAGUGGCCCACUAAUUAGUGAUGCUGAACUUGAUGCCUUUCUGACAGAACAGUGUCUUCAGACCACUAACAUAAAGUCUUUUGAAGAAAAUGUAAAUGACUCUAAAUCGCAAAUGAAUCAGAUAGAUAUGAAAGGCUUAGAUGAUGGAAACAUCAAUAAUAUAUAUUUCAACGCAGAAGCGGGAGCUAUUGCGGAAAGUCAUGGUAUUAAUAUAAUUUGUGAAACAGUUGAUAAACAAAAUACAAUAGAAAAUGGCCUUUCUUUAGGAGAAAAAAGCACUAUUCCAAUUCAACAAGGGUUACCUACUAGUAAGUCUGAGAUUACAAAUCAAUUAUCAGUCUCUGAUAUUAACAGUCAAUCUGUUGGAGGGGCCAGACCUAAGCAAUUGUUUAGCCUUCCAUCAAGAACAAGGAGUUCAAAGGACCUGAAUAAGCCAGAUGUUCCAGAUACAAUAGAAAGUGAACCCAGCACAGCAGAUACUGUUGUUCCAAUCACUUGUGCUAUAGAUUCUACAGCUGAUACACAGGUUAACUUCAACUCUAAUUACAUUGAUAUAGAAAGUAAUUCUGAAGGUGGGUCUAGUUUUGUAACUGCAUUUGAAGAUUCUGUACCUGAAAACACUUGCAAAGAAGGCUUGGUUUUGGGCCAGAAACAGCCUACUUGGGUUCCUGAUUCAGAAGCUCCAAACUGUAUGAACUGCCAAGUCAAAUUUACUUUUACAAAACGGCGACACCAUUGCCGAGCAUGUGGGAAAGUAUUUUGUGGUGUCUGUUGUAAUAGGAAGUGUAAACUGCAAUAUCUAGAAAAGGAAGCAAGAGUAUGUGUAGUCUGCUAUGAAACUAUUAGUAAAGCUCAGGCAUUUGAAAGGAUGAUGAGUCCAACUGGUUCUAAUCUUAAAUCUAAUCAUUCUGAUGAAUGUACUACUGUCCAGCCUCCUCAGGAGAACCAAACGUCCAGUAUACCUUCACCAACAACUUUGCCAAUCUCAGCACUUAAACAACCAGGUGUUGAAGGACUAUGUUCCAAAGAACAGAAGAGAGUAUGGUUUGCAGAUGGUAUAUUGCCCAAUGGUGAAGUUGCAGAUACAACAAAAUUAUCAUCUGGAAGUAAAAGAUGUUCUGAAGACUUUAGUCCUCUCUCACCUGAUAUGCCUAUGACAGUAAACACAGUGGAUCAUUCCCAUUCUACUACAGUGGAAAAGCCAAACAAUGAGACAGGAGAUAUUACAAGAAAUGAGAUAAUUCAGAGUCCUGUUUCUCUGGUUCCAUCAGUGGAAAAAUUGUCUAUGAACACAGGAAAUGAGGGGUUACCUACUUCUGGUUCAUUUACACUAGAUGAUGAUGUUUUUGCAGAAAUUGAAGAACCAUCUAGUCCUACUGGUGUCUUAGUUAACAGCAAUUUACCUAUUGCUAGUAUUUCAGAUUAUAGGUUACUGUGUGAUAUUAACAAGUAUGUCUGCAAUAAGAUUAGUCUUCUACCCAAUGAUGAGGACAGUUUGCCCCCACUUCUGGUUGCAUCUGGAGAAAAAGAAUCAGUGCCUGUAGUAGAAGAACAUCCAUCUCAUGAGCAGAUCAUUUUGCUUCUUGAAGAUGAAGGCUUUCAUCCUGUUACAUUUGUCCUAAAUGCUAAUCUACUCGUGAAUGUCAAAUUCAUAUUUUAUUCCUCGGACAAAUAUUGGUACUUUUCAACCAAUGGAUUGCAUGGCUUGGGACAGGCAGAAAUUAUUAUUCUAUUGUUACGUUUGCCAAAUGAAGAUACUAUUCCUAAGGACAUCUUCAGACUAUUUAUCACCAUAUAUAAGGAUGCUCUAAAAGGAAAAUACAUAGAAAACUUGGACAAUAUUACCUUUACUGAGAGUUUUCUCAGUAGCAAGGAUCACGGAGGAUUCCUGUUUAUUACACCUACUUUUCAGAAACUUGAUGAUCUGUCAUUACCAAGUAAUCCUUUUCUUUGUGGAAUUCUUAUCCAGAAGCUUGAGAUUCCCUGGGCAAAGGUUUUUCCUAUGCGUUUAAUGUUGAGAUUGGGUGCAGAAUAUAAAGCAUAUCCUGCUCCUCUAACAAGCAUCAGAGGCCGAAAACCUCUUUUUGGAGAAAUAGGACACACUAUUAUGAACUUACUUGUUGACCUUCGAAAUUACCAGUAUACCUUGCAUAAUAUAGAUCAACUGUUGAUUCAUAUGGAAAUGGGAAAAAGCUGCAUAAAAAUACCACGGAAAAAGUACAGCGAUGUAAUGAAAGUACUAAAUUCUUCUAAUGAGCAUGUCAUUAGCAUUGGAGCAAGUUUCAGUACAGAAGCAGAUUCUCAUCUAGUCUGUAUACAGAAUGAUGGAAUUUAUCAAACACAGGCCAACAGUGCCACUGGCCAUCCUAGAAAAGUGACAGGUGCAAGUUUUGUGGUAUUCAAUGGAGCUCUAAAAACAUCUUCAGGAUUUCUUGCUAAGUCCAGCAUAGUUGAAGAUGGCUUAAUGGUACAAAUAACUCCAGAGACCAUGAAUGGCUUGCGGCUAGCUUUACGAGAACAGAAAGACUUUAAAAUUACCUGUGGGAAAGUUGAUGCAGUAGACCUGAGAGAAUACGUGGAUAUCUGCUGGGUAGAUGCUGAAGAAAAAGGAAACAAAGGUGUUAUCAGUUCAGUGGAUGGAAUAUCAUUACAAGGAUUUCCAAGUGAAAAAAUAAAACUGGAAGCAGAUUUUGAAACCGAUGAGAAGAUUGUAAAGUGUACCGAGGUGUUCUACUUUCUAAAGGACCAGGAUUUAUCUAUUUUAUCAACUUGUUAUCAGUUUGCAAAAGAAAUAGCCAUGGCUUGUAGUGCUGCGCUGUGCCCUCACCUGAAAACUCUAAAGAGUAAUGGGAUGAAUAAAAUUGGACUCAGAGUUUCCAUUGACACUGAUAUGGUUGAAUUUCAGGCAGGAUCUGAAGGCCAACUUCUGCCUCAGCAUUAUCUAAAUGAUCUUGAUAGUGCUUUGAUACCUGUGAUCCAUGGUGGGACCUCCAACUCUAGUUUACCAUUAGAAAUAGAAUUAGUGUUUUUCAUUAUAGAACAUCUUUUUUAGUGAAAGAAUGUGCCAUAUUACAUAUUGCAACCUAAUUUGUUAAAACUAACUCCAGCACUAAAGCUGAAAUGCCACAAACACUAAAAGUAUAAAUAUGUCUGAUUUUUCGAAACACAUAAGCUUUGCUCUUUAGGCAGGAAUGAUCUUUUCAAAUCAUUAGCACAAUAUUUAAAUAUCUAAAAAUUUAAGAGAUCCAUACUUUCUGAAGCUUUACAAUUAAUUUAAGUACUAAAAAGACAAGGAUUUCUUUUAAGAAAUUUGUAGCAUUUACUGUGUUAUUUAAAUGCUAAGCCAAAGUAUCUGCACUUAGGUAUACCUCUUUAUGCCAAUAAUGAUUUUAAUGAAGGCUCUUUUCAGAUGUAACCUUAUGAAGGAAAUAUCUGCUUUGUGUAUAUGCCAGUUAGAAUACUGGUUUCUAAAGUCUGUCAAAUUGUAUUUCAGUGGCACAAAAACCAGUUUCGAGGUCUUAGACUUAUAAUUCUUUGAAUAAAACUGAUAACUUAUUUGUAUAAUUGGAGUGGAGACCUACCUCCAUAAUUAGAUAAACUCUUUUUGGAUUAUAAUCAGAAUUUUGCCUUUUUUCUUCUCAAAUUAUUACAUGUAUAUGUAUUAUAUAUCCAUAUAUAUAGUUUUUCCUGAUUAAAUGGAUAUUAAAAUAAUUGCAGGUGCUUCAGGACUUUUUGCUUCUAUAUUUAAAUAUGUUGUUUUUAUAGCAAGAACAUAUUCUGAAUGUGUUUUAUAAAUCUUUAAUAAUUUAUAUAUAGGUAAUAUUUUUGUAUCACAAUGCAUUAUUUUUUUCCUCCUUUCCUUCCAAAGUAUACCACUGUAUUUACCACUUCUAAGAGUGACUGACGACAGGCCAGAUGACCCUUGAAGUAGUCAUUAUGUAGCAAUAAAUGAAGCCUGAAACAGGUUUUUUUACUUCCACUUUAAUCCUUAGAAAUUUCUUGGCAACUUGGCAUAUUUUCAUUGACACCAAUGUAUAAGUAUAAAUUUAAAUGAACUAAUUACUUUUGCCUAUUUUAAAUUCUUUAUAUGAUAGUUAUUUUUUAUAACAGGAUAUUAACAUAAGUUAAAUCCUAUGUAUUUGAAAUUGUUACAGAGCUUUCCUCUUCAAACAGCAAAAAAGUGGGGGGCAUAUUGUAGUCCUGUCAUUUAAGUUAUGUAAAAAAUUUAAUCAUUAUUUUGAUGCUUUAAACAUUCUCAUGUGUAAUAUAUGUUUUUGUAUCAAAAACACUCAUAUUUCAAGAAAAAGAAAUUAUGUUAAAUAGCCCUGUUUUAAGAAAAAUAUUUAUGAAGCAUCUCAACUUGAAGAUCGAGUCAAAGUUAUAACUCAGGAUCUAAGGUCUCAAGCUAGGAGAGACUGAGAAUUUUAAUCAGUUUGGGCAUAUAGUUUGGACUGAAUCACAUCUGUAGUACUUAGCCAAAGACAACUCGGAGGAGAAUAUCAGCCUUCUGGAAGUAGCUACUUCCUGAACAAUGUAAAGUGUUGCAGAUAUUCAGUAAAAUGGCAACCUGUUAUAAUUUGUGAAAUUUAUGGAAAUGGUGUAAGAUGAAAACAAUUGCAUAUCAAACCCAAUUUAUGUUUUCUUAAUAUAGUGUGUGUAUUCUGCCAUGUAAGUAAUUGCACAGUCUUAAAAUAACCAAAUGGUAGAGGGCUGUUCCAUGAUGGGAUUGCUUUGGAUUUGUUUUCAUAAAAUCUCUACAUUCAAUAAAAAUUGGAAUUAUGUGCCUGAAGUUUGGAGGCACAUUUUGAA